CACGUUUUCACAGUAUUUGUCUCCUUUUGGUAUAUUGAUCAGUUACCUUAUCUCUGUAAGCCGGAAAUUUUAAAUGAUUUCAAACUGUUCAUGCUGAUUUGUUUAAGUAAACUGUAGUGAAUCUUCCGAUAUGGGCAGAAGAUAUAUUACAAUAGGCCUAUGCAGUUUAUCGUGAAACCGUUGCUGCCUGUUCUGUAAUCCAGUGAGAUAAGAAUCUAAUGGUUUACGUUUUCUAAAGUAUAGCAACAUGGAUGAGCGUGUGGAAAGAAUAAAGAACAAGAUCACUGCCUACCCUGAUUUUCCUAAACCAGGCAUUCUCUUCAGAGACAUCUUUUCAGUCCUCCAGACUCCUCCUGUAUUCCAUGAUUUGAUGACAGUUCUUGAAGAAAAGGUCAAGUCAGUCUGCCCUGACGUAGAUAUUAUCAUGGGCCUGGAUUCAAGAGGGUUCUUGUUUGGUGCUCCGCUAGCUCUGUCCCUGAACAAGCCUUUCGUACCGGUGAGGAAGAGGGGGAAGUUGCCUGGAGAAUUGAAGCAGAUAUCUUACACCCUGGAGUAUGGAACGGAUGUCUUUGAGGCUCAGGCAUCUAGCAUAAAGGCAGGUCAGAAGGUGGUAAUUAUUGAUGACCUUCUCGCAACAGGAGGUUCAAUGAAAGCUGCCGCUGAAUUAGUGAAGGAAAUGGGGGGAGUUGUUGCACUGUGCCUUGUAUGUAUUGAACUUACAGAUUUGAAGGGGAGAGACAGACUGAAAGAUCCAUGUGAGGCUAUUGUGAAGUACUAAGGUUUUUCCAGAAAUCCAUAUUAGAAAGUGCUGGGCUUGACUAAGAAGUUUUAAAGUUUUUAAAGUGCCAGCAAAGAACUGCUAAAGCUUUGAUAUUGAUUAUUAUUUUGAGAAAAUGUUGUACUAGGAAACUCGCAUAUAUUGUAAAAGAAAGCCUCUUUACAUAUAUAUUUUUAUUAUGUAUAUCUAUUAAUUCCUUGUAGAAAUGGCCAUUUUCUUCCUGAUUACAAAGUUACAUAUAUAUGCACCCCAUCCUGAUUACUUGAGUGUUUCCUUAGUUAUUAACAGUCACCUUGUUAUAGAACCUUUACAAAUGUCGUGAGAGGUGCAGCAGAGCAACAGAUCUGUAACAAAAGCUACUCUUUCUUUUGAAGUCUCAGGUGUCUGUUUUUAAAGACAAAGAUUUUUUAAAAACUUUUGAACAAAACAUGUACAACAACUGUUUAUACAUUACUUGUGAUAAAAAGUAGCAUAGGUUGUAUAUGAGUUCACAUGGAUUUGUUUGGAUUUGUAACUUCAACUUUCACUUGACUGCUUGAUGGAACAGUAAACAGAAAUGGAUUUAGUAUAAUGCAAAGCUUGAUAUGAUGUUAAUGCAAACCUUUAUAUAGUUCAGCUCCUUCAUGCCAGUACCAUCCAAUAUUAUUAUUAUUAUUGUUAUUGAUAUUAUUAUUAUUAUUAUUAUUAUUAUUAUUAUUAUUAUUAUUAUUAUUAUUAUUAUUAUUAUUAUUAUUAUUAUUAUU